AUGCGCGGACGAAGGGCCCUCGGCACGCUUCCCGACCGCAUCUUUUCUCUCCCCGCUCGGUUCCGCCUCUUCCGCUGCCAUCUUCAAAACUCACCACUCUCCUUUUUCCACAUUCACCCGCCAUCGCCCCCUCUUUCGCUGGCGCGCUCCAACAGGCUCCUGCGCCCGCUCGCAUCCUCCUCCUCCUUCGCCCCCUCCCAAUCGUGGACGCACCAGGCACGGCUGCAGCGCUUCCGAUCUCCUCCAAGGUUACGGAUCAGAAAGAGUCGCGCCGGAGGCGGUGGGUCUCGCAUGCAACCUUCCGACUGCGCUGCUCUCGAGGGAACUUCCCUCCCCUCAACCUACGCUCCACGACUCGCUUUCCGCUCUCUCCGGUUCUAUUGCGCUCGCGAAGCGCUGCUGCAGAUCGAUGCCUCACGCCUCACGAAGGUGUCGCUUCCCUGCUCCUCCCUCUUGUCCUCCGGUUUCCUCGCGCACAGCAAGACCAACCUCGCCUCCCCUGCUUUCCUCCCUUGCCUCCCUCACAAGGCCCCUCUGACGUCCGCCCUACGACUUACGCUCUCGCUCCCAGAAACCGGGUUUCGCCCACUCGCAACCUUCCGCGACCUUCCGCGAGCUCUCACACUCCCAACUGCGGGCUGGCGAUGCGAUGUGUGCAUCUAUGCCGGCGUGUGUGUUUUGCACGAAGGAACGGGUGGGACAAAGGCUGCGGAAAAGGGAGGGAACUGCAAAGUACGAAGGACGAGGCGGGUUAACGAGAGAGUGUGCGGGUGCUAG